GGGAUCUGCAUCGCUCAGUCAUUGAAAAUUCCCCACAACCCCAAGCUGGAGGAUUAUGACAAAGCCAUCCAACAACUGCUGGAAACGCCCCACUCCCGGGGAGUCAUCAUCUUUGCCAGUGAAGAAGACAUACGGUGCGUAGAGCAGUACACAGCAUCUAAAUGCAUUUGUGAACGCACUGGGUGUCUGAAACACAAACAUGCCUCCAAUAACACAAACAGAAAGGUGCCUGGGAGGGGAACUGAGAAUAUGGAAUAUCACAACAAAGCAGCAGAGAUAUUGUUUCGUUUACAAUGCCUCAAGGGAUAUGUCUCUGAGAGGAAAGAAAUAGACGGAUGGAUGGAUAGACAGACCAUAGUAAGAGAAAAAGAAAGAGGGAGAGAUGGAGAGUAUAUGAGGGAGAGAAAAAGGGAGAGAGACAUAGAGCUCUUGAAAUCAUUUCACAUCUUCUAUACAUCAAUCAAUGGAGGCUGCUGAGGGGAGGACGAAUUAUAGUAAUGUCCAGAAUGGAGUCAAUGGAAUGGUAUCAACCACAUGAGAACCAAAUGUUUGAUACCAUUCCAUUGACUCCAUUCCAGACAUUAUUAUGAGCCAUCCUCCCUUCAGCAGCCUCCACUGACCUCAAUGGAUUUAAAACACAAUGUAGCCUAAAUAUACAUUUAUAUCAAUAUACACUACCAUUCAAAACAUUGGGGUCACUUAGAAAUGUCCUUGUUUUCGAAAGAAACACCAGUCUCAACAUCAACAGUGAAGAGACGACUCCGGGAUGCUGACCUUCUAGGCAGAAUUGCAAAGAAAAAGCCAUAUCUCAGACUGGCCAAUAAAAAGAAAAGACUAAGAUGGGCAGUCUGAGAUAUGGCUUUCUCUUUGCAACUCUGCCUAGAAGGUCAGCAUCCCGGAGUCGCCUCUUCACUGUUGACGUUGAGACUGGUGUUUUGCGGGUACUAUUUAAUGAAGCUGCCAGUUGAGGCUGUUUCUCAAACUAGACACCCUAAUGUAUUUGUCCUCUUGCUCAGUUGUGCACCGGGGCCUCCCACUCCUCUUUCUAUUCUGGUUAGAGCCAGUUUGUGCUGUUCUGUGAAGGGAGUAGUACACAGCGUUGUACGAGAUCUUCAGUUUCUUGGCAAUUUCUCGCAUGGAAUAGCCUUCAUCUCUCAGAAGAAGAAUAGACUGACGAGUUUCAGAAGAAAGUUAUUUGUUUCUGGCCAUUUUGAGCCUGUAAUCGAACCCACAAUUGCUGAUGCUCCAGAUACUCAACUAGUCUCAAGAAGGCCAGUUUUAUUGCUUCUUUAAUCAGCACAACAGUUUUCAGCUUUGCUAACAUAAUUGCAAAAGGGUUUUCUAAUGAUCAAUUAGCCUUUUAAAAUGAUAAACUUGGAAUAGCAAACACAACGUGGUUGCUGAUAAUGGGCCUCUGUACGCCUAUGUAGAUAUUCCAUAAAAAAUCAGCCGUUUCCAGCUACAAUAGCCAUUUACAACAUUAACAAUGUCUACACUGUAUUUCUGAUCAAUUUGAUGUUAUUUGAAUGGACUAAAGAAUUGCUUUUCUUUCGAAAACAAGGACAUUUCUAAGUGACCCCAAACUUUUGAACGGUAGUGUAAAUAGUACAUAACUUCUGCCAUAUACUGAUAUGCAUAUUCAUAGGUUGCUGUUUACCCCCCCAUGAUAUUGGAUUGCAUGCGUCCCUUCUGCUUUCUCCUAAUUCACACAUGGUUGCCCUUGCAGGGGAGUUCUCAAUGCCACCAAGAGAGCCAAUCAGGUGGGCCAUUUUCUGUGGAUCGGGUCAGACAGUUGGGGGGCGAAGAGCAGCCCAAUACACCAGUUAGAGGACGUGGCGGUGGGAGCAGUCACUAUACUGCCCAAACGCUCAUCUAUUAAAGGUAGUGGUAUAUACACACACACACACACACACACACACACACACACACACACGCACACACUGUUUUACCAGUCAGCAGUGACUUAUUUAGCAGUUCCACUCAGUAUCACUGUGAUAAUAGCCACUCAUCAUUACAAUCUGGGGCCUAGGUGGAAAGUGAAGUGUGGGUUUUUGUAAAGCUUUUUUAAAUUAGAGUGGACUAGACAGGACAACACAUGGUCUGUUAAGAGCCAGCAGGCAAGAUGAGUAAAUUAAACCAGCAUGCAUCAUUGACGCCCCUUUCAGAAGAAAAUCAGCUGAGUCAUUCAGUCAUGAUUAGUCAUCAUCUCUUGUCACAGUGCUUCUGAUGAUAAAACUGACUGUGUGAGAGAGCGGAAACCUGUGUAGAGAUUUGGACCGUGAGUACGUCACAGCUGGAAAUGAUACAUCAACCCAAACCCUGUCUUUGUGCUUGUUAUCCAUUCUUAUUAAUACUGCUUAUCUAAAGAGUUCAAUAAAAAUUCAUCAAAAUAUACAGUACAUAGGCCACAGGUGAGGUGAGAAAACUGAUUGGACUUAUAUAGAAACUUCACAGUAGGCUUUCUCAUAAAUUACAAAUAAAUGGCCAAAGAAUAAAACGUAUUACAGGGUACUGUCCUUCCAGGAAAUACUGUAGCGUAUAGACUUCACAUACAAACCCCAUUAUUAUAGUCCCACACAAUAAAAUCGGGGAGGGGACAGUGGAUCGUCUCCAUCCGUCCGUUCGUCCAUUCUUACAUGUUGACCACACCGCUCGCACGCAUGCACCAUCACGCGCAUGUUGAUUUUGUCCACCCACACCAGACGCGAUCAGGACACGCAGGUUGAAAUAUCAAAAACAAACUCUGAAACAACUAAAUUAUAUUAAUUUCAGGACAGGUCGAAAAGUAUUAAACAUUUAUGGCAAUUUAGCUAGAUAGCUUGCUGUUGCUAGCUAAUUUGUCCUGGGAUAUAAACAUUGGGUUGUUAUUUUACCUGAAAUGCACAAGGUCCUCUACUCGUACAAUUCAUCCACAGAUAAAAGGGCAAACCAAGUUUGUUUCUAGUAAUCUCUCCUCCUUCAGGCUUCUUCUUCUUCUUUGGACUUUAUAUGGCGGUUGGCAAUCAACUUUAAGGUGCAUUACCACCACCAACUGGACUGGAGUGUGGACCUCAGUUCAUCUUUCAAUCACCCACGUGGGUAUAUGCUCCUAAAAACCAAUGAGGAGAUGGGAGAGGCGGGACUUGCAGCGCGUCACACGUCACAAAUAGAAUCAAGUUCUAUUUUAGCGCCUGGCUACGCAGACGCUCAUUUAUUUGCGCGAGCAGUUUUGAUGCAAUGAUUGAAUAACAUGUAUGUGUACAUUUAUUUUGCAACGUUUGCGCACGCGACACGGGCGGUGUGGUCAGCAUGUUAAAUUAGUCACAUGCGAUAUCUCAGACAGCACUUGCCCAAUUUUGAUGAAACUUGGGUGAAUGAUGAGUCUUGCCAUAGAUAUCGGGCAUUUACAAAAUUACACUGAUUGGCCAAAGAAAGGAAUAGUCAUUAACUGAAAUUUGUGAGUCUCACCAGAGAGGAAGAGGCGAAGCGAUAAGGAUAACUGGGCCCAAAAUCUGUCUUCUCCAGCAAGUGGCGUUUUUUCAUUUAUUUCGCUCACAAAGUUUUUGUAUGGAGGUCAAUGAGAGAGUGUCAAAUUUGGUCAAUAAAUUUUUUUAUGGCUUAUUUGCUAUGUGUCGCUUAUUUGAUUGAAUAUAUUUUUCGUAGCGCUUAGGUUGUUACGAGUGUACUGAUAAGUAGGACACGUGACAUCCUGGCAACUUUGAGAAAAAUCGGAGUUGUGCCUAUUUUUCACACACGUACCUGCCCUCUCAUUGGCUAGAAUGGUCCCACCUGAUCUUGCCUCCUCCCGACUGCCUUCUGGUCUGGGUACCAGUCUCUUUAGCUAACGUUCCACUCCUUGCCACUCCUUGUCAUUGCCAAAGAGUCUUUGGCACGUGACAUGGAGUACAGGGAGGGGAUUAGCUAAAGAGACUGGUACCCAGGCUAACUGCCUUCCAUAUUUAAGACAUUUAUUUUCAUUGUUAGAGCGGCCACUUGAGUAUAUGGUCAAUAUAAUGGAUCAUCUGUGGUAACACACGAUAACUGAAAUGUGUUAGUCACACGCGAUAUAUCAAUUGGCCCAAGGGGAGGGUGCUGCAUCAUUCGUGGAGGAUGACAUGUUUACUAUUGCCUUGUUUAUUAUGCGUCCUGCUUUUUAAUUUCCAAGAUGAAAGCCCUGAUUAAAGAUCCAUAUGGUACACAGGAACUGCAGUGGUCAAAACUUGAUGAAGAGCAGUUUAUUUGUACUUUAGCUAUGAGACUAAUACAACAGCCAGUACAGCACAGCGCUGCAGCAACACUGCCCAAGUCAUUUCCCCUAGGUAGGGUUCUGUUGGUAAUUGGUGCGGAUCUGAAGAAUUCUCUUUUCUUUUUUGAUUCUCCAGGGUUUGAUGAAUACUUCACCUCGCUCACCCUGGAGAAUAAUCGCCGGAACGUGUGGUUCGCCGAGUUCUGGGAGGAAAACUUUGACUGCAGGCUCCUUAGUUCCUCCAAAAGAGAAGACACCAGCAGGAAAUGCACAGGUAGGUAGCCAACAGAGAUUUGUUUGCUUAUGUGGUUUUGUUUUUUCAUCUGUUUGUUUGUGGGAGGGGUCACUACUAUUGGCAGUGGUGCGAUAUGAAAAUAAUACAGAUGUAGGAUCUUAAUUUGAUCACCCUGUUGCAGGUGAACCUUCCUGCAAUGCAGGACAUUUCAAACUUGUAGUAUUUUUUAAGUUUAAAAAGGCUUCUGAAGUUUGUAAUUUCCACUUAGAAAUGUCAGACUUAAUUUUCUCUUACGAAAAAUGUAUCAACCCCUACAGAAAUGUCCAUGAAUUAUAAUCCACGUAAUAAUUCACACUUCCUGUUGCUGCAUGAUUAUUUGUUAUAGGUAUCUUAAGAUGAUGGUAGUACACAUCUUUACAAAUGAGGACACUGAGGUGUAGGCCACUGGAUCAUGUAAAUAGCUGGUCCUACUGGGAUAGUAAAGUUGUGCCCAGCUGGGUAAUGGCAUCAUGCCAGCAGUGCUAAGCUGUGAUAUGUAUGCUAAGUAGGUAGUAGAGCAAACAUGCAUGCCAUUUAGAGAGGUGCUGAGCAGAGGAACUGAUGAAAAUGAUGAAAGUAAGUAAAGCUCUGCAAGUACAGUAACUCACUAUUGAUGCUCCCAAGAGCUUUAUUACUGACAAUGUUUUGAUCUCGCUGCAAACAUUAUUUGCAAUGAGGUGUGUUGGGACUUGGGAGCAUUGAUAGUGUGGAAGUGUUACUUACUGUGGUGUUUACUAUCUAUCCUAUAGGUAUGCCAGCAAAGGGAGAAGAUAUACAAUGUCACUGAGUCAAUGCUAGUGACAGGGAUUUAUAUAUUUUCUAUGGCUUAUGCCUGUGAUGGACUGAAGGUCCUUGCACUCUCGCUGACCAUACUGUAGCAGUUAGAGUGACAGGGAGUUGUUGGUAUAAUAUCUUAUAAAUGCCGUAUUUCAUAAUUUCUUUAUGUGCCACAUGCUGCAGAUCCUUGCACUUAAGAAAGCACAUAAAAAAUGGAUGUAGAAUAUCAACAAAGCGUUUAAGCAUUGUACAAAGACACAAAAAGGUUGGUGUAGAGCUGCUUCCAUUUCUCCUUUUUCCACAUCUAACCAAGCCGAUCCAUAUUUAUGAAUGUCAGGAACUAAGGGGAAGGUUCUUUUUUUGCAUUCAAAGCUUUUGCAUUCAAUGCUCUACUCGCUGCUCUGGAAAACAAGAAAGGUUAUGUGUGGGCUGAGAUGUAUGUUGAAAGGAGAGAAAGUGGAGAAAAUGUCAACAUUUAUUACUUUUGACCUCCUUCAGCUUGUGCCAGUCUCCCACGUUGUAGUCAUAUUCGUCAUGGUGACACAGCCUGCAUUUUCCCUUCUUAUCAAGUUUGCAAUUUGAACUGGGAGCCUUUAUUUGGUACUUACAUGUCAAAAUCACACAGUAAUCUCCUUGCACUCUAGAAGCUUUUCCCCACGGUGCUGUAUAGCGCCCCAUUCAUCUGUUAUUUUGUACUGUGUAUUGAUGAGCUGGUUUCCUGUUAAUGCAUCCUUGUUCAUUACUGCCUGUGUCUUUCAAAUGAAUAUAUUCAGCAUCCAUAUGCCAUGCUUAAUGAUAGAACCUGUUCACAUUAGCACGUUGAAAAUGUGCAAAAUACCUCAGUCAAAGGAUCCCCACCUAAAGAAAGUGUGUGCGAGAGAGAGAAGAGAUCCCCCACUAACCUGAAGCCAUUCAUUAGACAUUCAGUCAGGGUAUCACCAGUUCAAUUAAAACGCCUUCAAAAUAAUCCAUAGUGAAAGGGCAGAGACCGUAAUAGAACAUGGUGCUGCCAGCAGUGCUAGGAGAUGCCUCUAGACCAGGGGUGUCAAACUCAUUCCAUGGAGGGCCUAGUGUCUGCUGGUUUUUGGUUUUUCCUUUCAAUUAAGACCUAGACAACUAGGUGAGGGGAGUUCGUUACUAAUUAGUAACCUUAAUUCAUCAAUCAAGUACAAGGGAGGAGAGAAGACCCGCAGACACUCAGCCCUCCGUGGAAUGAGUUUGACACAUGCUCUAGAACAGGGUUCUUCAAUUCCGGUCCUGGAGGGCCGAAACACUUCUGUUUUUUAUUUCUACCUGGUAGUUAAUUGCACUCACCUGGUGUCCCAGGUCUGAAUUAGCCCCUGAUUAGAAGGAGAGGAUGAAAAACAGAGGUGUUUCGGCCCUCCAGGACCGGAAUUGAAGAACCCUGCUCUAGAAGCUUGUCAAGGCCUUGAACACUCUUGAAAUGGGACAAAUGCAAUACACAUAUGUAGGGCCUAUAGCAGCCUGACUUCACUAUGAAAUAUAUGCAUGUGUACAUAUGGUAUUCAUUUAUACCUGGUUGGCUCCUCCUUGGCUAGCACUUCUUGGUUUACACUUCUACAACAGGACUCUGCAGGACUAUGACCCAUGCCGUGCUAUAUGAACAGGGUGACUCUAAUUCACAGUGUGUGACUCUGUCCUUUUCUUGUCCUUUUUCUUUGGUCCUCUGUAGCUCAGUUGGUAGAGCAUGGCACUUGCAACGCCAGGAUAGUGGGUUCGAUUCCCGGGACCACCCGUACGUAAAAUGUCUGCACGCAUGACUGUAAGUCGCUUUGGAUAAAAGCGUCUGCUAAAUGGCAUGUAUUACAUAUAUCCUCUCCUCUCUCCACUGUCUCGUCCCUCAGGCCAGGAGCGGAUCGGAAUAGACUCCAAGUACGAGCAGGAGGGGAAGGUGCAGUUUGUGAUAGACGCGGUGUACGCUAUGGCUCACGCCCUCCACAACAUGCAGAGAGACCUGUGUCCUGAGUACUCUGGCAUCUGCCCUGUGAUGGAGGCAGCCGAUGGGAAGACUCUGCUCAAGUACAUACGCAAUGCCAGCUUCAACGGUCAGUACAUUGGUUAUCCCUGGACCUCAUAAAAAUAUAUGCAAAGUGACAUUUUGCAAGGGUAUUUUUAUUUGAAGAAAAAAACUUCUGUUCCAUUGUAAUUUGUUAUGUGCAAAUAAAAUACAAUAAGGACAGGUGGGAGGUAAGAUAGAAGCAUCAAAAGCGAAAGGGUAGAGUGGAUAUUGCUCUAAAUCCACGAUUUUUCUCAGUCCACCAAAUAUGGCUGCAUAAUAGAACAUGUCAUUUCUGAACAUGCAGAAUGACUAGAGGCACUGGAUUCUCCCAUGUGUGAUGUGUUGAGCAACAAUUAAUUAAACCUUAUAAAUUAAACUGCCAGCGGACCACAUACUGUAAAUUCUCCAAUUGUCCAAUUCUCUUCAUGUCCGUUCUACUAAAUCAAAUUCUAUGGAACAAUAAUUUCUCCAUAGGAAUAAAUAAAGUUGAUUGAAUUUAGUUGAAUUGAAUGGAGGAAUGUUUGGCAUUUUUCCUAUUUUGUUGCCUUACAACCUGGAAUUAAAAUUGAUUUUUGGGGGGGUUGUAUCAUUUGAUGUACACAACAUGCCUACCACUUUGAAGAUGCAAAAUAUUUUUUAUUGUGAAACAAACAAGAAAUAAGACGAAAAAACUGAAAACUUGAGCGUGCAUAACUAUUCAACCCCCAAAGUCAAUACUUUGUAGAACCACCUUUUGCAGCAAAUACAGCUGCAAGUCUCUUGGGGUAUGUCUCUAUAAGCUUGGCACAUCUACCCACUGGGAUUUCUGCCCAUUCUUCAAGGCAAAACUGCUCCAGCUCCUUUAAGUUGAAUGGGUUCCGCUGGUGGCCAUUCCAAGACAUUUAAAUGUUUACCCUUAAACCACUCAAGUGUUGCUUUAGCAUUAUGCUUAGGGUCAUUGUCCUGCUGGAAGGUGAACCUCCGUCCCAGUCUCAAAUCUCUGGAAGACUGAAACAGGCUUCCUUCAAGAAUUUCCCUGUAUUUAGCGCCAUCAUUCCUUCAAUUCUGACCAGUUUCUCAGUCCCUGCCGAUGAAAAACAUCCCCACAGCAUGAUGCUGCCACCACCAUGCUUCACUGUGGGGAUGGCAUCCUCAGGGUGAUGAGAGGUGUUGGGUUUGCGCCAGACAUAGCAUUUUCCUUGAUGACCAAAAAGCUCAAUUUUAGUCUCAUCUGACCAGAGUACCUUCUUCCAUAUGUUUGGGGAGUCUCCCACAUGCCUUUUGGUGAACACCAAACGUGUUUGUUUAUUUUGUUCUUUAAGCAAUGGCUUUUUUCUGGCCACUCUUCCGUAAAGCCCAGCUCUGUGGAGUGUACGGCUUAAAGUGGUCCUAUGGACAGAUUCUCCAACCUCCGCUCUGGAGCUUUACAGCUCCUUCAGGGUUAUAUUUGGUCUCUUUGUUGCCUCUCUGAUUAAUGCCCUCCUUGCCUGGUCCGUGAGUUUUGGUGGGUGGCCCUCUCUUGGCAGGUUUGUUGUGGUGCCAUAUUCUUUCCAUUUUUUAAUAAUGGAUUUAAUGAUGCUCCGUGGGAUGUUCAAAGUUUCUGAUAUUUUUUUAUAACCCAACCCUGAUCUGUACUUCUCCACAACUUUGUCCCUGACCUGUUUGGAGAGCUCCUUGGUCUUCAUGGUGCCGCUUGCUUGGUGGUGCCCCUUGCUUAGUGGUGUUGCAGACUCUGGGGCCUUUCAGAACAGGUGUAUAUAUACUGAGAUCAUGUGGCAGAUCAUGUGACAUUUAGAUUGCACACAGGUGGACUUUAUUUAACUAAUUAUGUGACUUCUGAAGGUAAUUGGUUGCACCAGAACUUAUUUAGCGGCUUCAUAGCAAAGGGGGUGAAAACAUAUGCACGCACCACUUUUCCGUUAUUUAUUUUUUAGAAUUUUUUGAAAGAAGUUAUUUUUUUCAUUUCACUUCACCAAUUUGGACUAUUUUGUGUAUGUCCAUUACAUGAAAUCCAAAUAAAAAUCCAUUUAAAUUACAGGUUAUAAUGGAACAAAAUAGUAAAAACGCAAAGGGGGAUGAAUACUUUUGCAAGGCACUGUAAGUAUGAGCAACCUUGCCUGGCAGAGGGUACAUUGGUAUUUCUCAAGUACAGUGGGGAAAAAAAGUAUUUAGUCAGCCACCAAUUGUGCAAGUUCUCCCACUUAAAAAGAUGAGAGAGGCCUGUAAUUUUCAUCAUAGGUACACGUCAACUAUGACAGACAAAUUGAGAAAAGAAAUCCAGAAAAUCACAUUGUAGGAUUUUUUAUGAAUUUAUUAGCAAAUUAUGGUGGAAAAUAAGUAUUUGGUCACCUACAAACAAGCAAGAUUUCUGGCUCUCACAGACCUGUAACUUCUUCUUUAAGAGGCUCCUCUGUCCUCCACUCGUUACCUGUAUUAAUGGCACCUGUUUGAACUUGUUAUCAGUAUAAAAGACACCGUCCACAACCUCAAACAGUCACACUCCAAACUCCACUAUGGCCAAGACCAAAGAGCUGUCAAAGGACACCAGAAACAAAAUUGUAGACCUGCACCAGGCUGGGAAGACUGAAUCUGCAAUAGGUAAGCAGCUUGGUUUGAAGAAAUCAACUGUGGGAGCAAUUAUUAGGAAAUGGAAGACAUACAAGACCACUGAUAAUCUCCCUCGAUCUGGGGCUCCACGCAAGAUCUCACCCCGUGGGGUCAAAAUGAUCACAAGAACGGUGAGCAAAAAUCCCAGAACCACACGGGGGGACCUAGUGAAUGACCUGCAGAGAGCUGGGACCAAAGUAACAAAGCCUACCAUCAGUAACACACUACGCCGCCAGGGACUUAAAUCCUGCAGUGCCAGACGUGUCCCCCUGCUUAAGCCAAUACAUGUCCAGGCCCGUCUGAAGUUUGCUAGAGUGCAUUUGGAUGAUCCAGAAGAGGAUUGGGAGAAUGUCAUAUGGUCAGAUGAAACCAAAAUAUAACUUUUUGGUAAAAACUCAACUCGUCGUGUUUGGAGGACAAAGAAUGCUGAGUUGCAUCCAAAGAACACCAUACCUACUGUGAAGCAUGGGGGUGGAAACAUCAUGCUUUGGGGCUGUUUUCUGCAAAGGGACCAGGACGACUGAUCCGUGUAAAGGAAAGAAUGAAUGGGGCCAUGUAUCGUGAGAUUUUGAGUGAAAACCUCCUUCCAUCAGCAAGGGCAUUGAAGAUGAAACGUGGCUGGGUCUUUCAGCAUGACAAUGAUCCCAAACACACCGCCCGGGCAACGAAGGAGUGGCUUCGUAAGAAGCAUUUCAAGGUCCUGGAGUGGCCUAGCCAGUCUCCAGAUCUCAACCCCAUAGAAAAUCUUUGGAGGGAGUUGAAAGUCUGUGUUGCCCAGCGACAGCCCCAAAACAUCACUGCUCUAGAGGAGAUCUGCAUGGAGGAAUGGGCCAAAAUACCAGCAACAGUGUGUGAAAACCUUGUGAAGACUUACAGAAAACGUUUGACCUGUGUCAUGCCAACAAAGGGUAUAUAACAAAGUAUUGAGAAACUUUUGUUAUUGACCAAAUACUUAUUUUCCACCAUAAUUUGCAAAUAAAUUCAUAAAAAAUCCUACAAUGUGAUUUUCUGGAUUUUUUUUUCCUCAUUUUGUCUGUCAUAGUUGACGUGUACCUAUGAUGAAAAUUACAGGCCUCUCUCAUCUUUUUAAGUGGGAGAACUUGCACAAUUGAUGGCUGACUAAAUACUUUUUUGCCCCACUGUAUGUGUUGUUUCUACAUGGCAUAACCAUUUCUAGAAGAGACUUACGCAAGGUCUGAAGGCUAAUAUUUUAUUUUGGUCUCAGAAAGAAGUUAGGAAAGCCUUUGUAGCUGCCAACUUCUCUCCAGUUGGUAUUUAUCGCAAUUCAUGCGGGGGCACAAUUCAUGCAAAUGUACAAUAAUUAGCCUAAAGUGUUUCUCUCAGCAUUCAGAAAAGGCGAACAAGCUGUUGUUGUAUUUUGUUGCACUCUUUCUGAACCUAUACAGUACCUGCUAUGCACUUGCAAUAACACUGUGACAGAGGAAUGCUCGGCUCACUAAAUUAGCCAUUGCCCGGUCUACCCCGGCUGAUGCAGUAUUCAGAUUCACUAACCCUUGUACUUGUAAGCCAACAUAAGUACUCCCAUAGCUUUGACAGCCAUAUCUCUUUGUUCUUUACUGCAUCCUGUCUGGACUGUGUUUGUGUGUGCAUGUGCACGUGCGAGUGUGCGUGUGUGUGCAUGUUUGCGUGCGUGGGUGUGUGUGUUGUGUGCAUGUUCGCAUGUGUGCUUGUGCAUGUGCAUAUGCAUUUGUAUGUGUCCAUGUGUGUCGUCUUUGUUGCUCUCCCCACUUUGCUGGAGACACAGAGCUGAAGAUAGUGAAAGAAGGAGAAUAAUUAAAAAGAGAAGCGCAGCAGUGGAGCCCCCAGUCCACCCACUCUGCUCGGCACAGCACAGCACAGCAGCAGUGCACUUUUGUCAUGUCUUAGUUCAGAGCCCCAUGCGAAUGGAUGAACCUUUCAUCUCAUACAGCGCUCUCACAAAGCUGUCUACACAGAUCAUUUUGUUCCCUUGCAAAUAACGGGAAAUGUAAAAUAGAAUGGAAGUUGUAAUGGCUUUCAAUCUGCAAGGAGAGCCACGCUGCUUAAUUGUUUGCUUACUGACAGACUGUGUGUUUGUGUGUGUGUGUGUGUGUGUGUGAUUCUUUGUAUUUCCAUGGGCGUAGAACAAGACAGUCUUGUAGUCCUGUCAUUCUACUGCUUACAGUGUACUAUGUCAACACCUUGUCAACAACUAGAUACAGUAUGUCAACAACUCUAUUCUCUGUCUGUUGGAAGAAGAAGUGACAGAUUGUUGACUACCACCGCUGUGUUUGUGUGUGUUUUCGUUUCAGUUUCAUAGUAAAGAGGAUUCUGCCGUUCUGCAGCCAUAUGUUUAGUACAAGUAUUGGAAGUGUAACACUUUACAUGAGCCUGUUGUCUUAAGGGCUACAUAGUCAUAUCAUAAUACUGACACAACUGAUGUCCUUAACAUUCAUGACAGCUGAUGUUAUCUUACGACAACUGACAACAAAUUGUCUUGACACAAACCAUUGUUUAUCUGCAAAAUGUCCAGUAAUAAAGCUGGUCAACUGGCUUCCCCAAUAUACUGUAUGUGAGGGUGGAAAGGAUGUAAAGUGUUCAAGUCAGGUAUUGUUAUGUUCAAUGCAUCGACGUUAGUGGUCCUGCUAGUCUCUUGUUUAUUACACACAGUUCAGAUAGGGCAGAAUGUGUACCUAGUCAGCCUAUUCAUAUUCUGCACACACAGAGUGAAAGUUGUUUCAGUGACUUCACCUGCGUUAUUCAGGGUAUUAACUCCCCUCUUCUGAACCCAAUUGAGCUCUUCUAAUACACCUUGCAGACCAUUAACACCACCAUUUCAAAAGCUGUUGAAGGAAGUGAAUAGUGUAUGACUAAUACACUGGAAACUUAUGGAAAUAACUUAAGCAACUUAUUGACUUUGAUGGUCAUACAAACUUUGAGUGUUGGAUUGGGUCCUCCCAUGAGAGUUCUGCAUCCUUUAGGUCUCUUCCUGUAUGUAUGGUGCAUCUAAAUGAGCUUGUUUUACUUCCUGUCAUCUCUCUGCUUGCUGUAUGAGGGGAGAUUUUUGUAUUGAUCUUUAGUAGAAUGUUCAAUGACAAAUGUCCUUGGGAAAAAAAACUGACGUCUAGCCAGCUGACAGUCCCCUACUGACAGAAAUUAAAAGGAAAGGUGUGCAGCAUUGGGGUACAGCCUGUAUCUCACAAAGACAAUGUCCUACACAAAACACAAAGGCAACAUGUCCCCCAAAAACAUUUUAGACAGGUGUUAUUCGUCCUUUUCCUUAAACACAUUUUAUAGAGCUAUUGCUGCAGUCAAUUCCCAUGCCACAUCUGAUCUGAGUCCCCCUGUCCUAUUUAAAAAAUGGUAUCUCCUAUGCCUUUGAAUUAUUGUAUUCACUGCCAAGGUUAACUCACUGUUAAACUGCAGGAGUAAUACAGUCUCUCUCACAAUGGCUGGAUGAGGGCCAUCGACCUUACUGUGUGUUGUGUGUCACAUCAAAAGAGACACUUAAUUCUCAGGGAGCUCUUUAUUAUGGCGAGGUCUUAACACACAGAAACAUACAGAUGUAUACACGCAUGCACACACGUACACAAACACACACAUGCACGCACACACGUACACAAACACACACGAGCACGCACACAUGCGCACGCACACUUCAUCCAAAUCAGACCAUGGAUGUCAUUUCUCCAAAAGCGUGUUUCAGGUGUCCAGAACCUUCAGUAAGCUAAUUAGCCAAAUCUGCGAUCCUGUGCUUGAGACAGGCUGCUACAAAUUGGGACCAGAUGGGGACCCAAUGAUUCUUUGACUGACCUAUUUAUCCCUUCAUUUCCUGUACACCAUGUGUGAUUGAGAAGGUUUGCUUUUGUCCUGAGGAAAUGUGCAUCCGUCUUGUAGAACGGCCACCAUACGAUAUUCCUAAUGCACAGCUGUGAUAACCUACAGCUGCACACCGCUCCAAUGAUGCUGCACAUCUAAUGGUGUAUCACACAGAUCUGAUGCUGAAGUGCUCAGAUUUGAAAUGUAGGGCUGUGGUGUGGUGUUGGCUAGCCUCAGCACAUGCUCUUUCACAGGGAACACAGGUGAGGUCUACAGCACAGCAGAGCCAUCAUCAGUCCGUAGGGAGCUAGCUGACCUUGCUAGCGUUAUAAUGAGGGGACAGGAUAUCGGCCAUGGUCAUUAUGAAUAGGCCAUCAGCACAUGAACACACCCUGUGGUCCUCGUUGCCCAUGGAACAAGGGACGCUAGGUUAAAUGUCAAUGUUUCUCUCACUGGGAUUUAUGUACUGUUGGCCCAGUGGGCUGAAGACUAACCCCAGGGCUUUAUUAGUCUUAACUGAAAAUGUGCGUAAUUCAAUUCUUCACACAAAUAUCUACUCAAUAUAAACACUUUCUGUUAUUCCUUCCUUCUCUCUCGCUGCAGGGAGUGCAGGCACGUCAGUUAUGUUUAAUAAAAAUGGUGACGCCCCGGGACGCUACGACCUGUUCCAGUUUCAGAUGACCAACUCCAGUGUUCCUGAAUACAGGCCCAUCGGACAGUGGGUGGAGACUCUCCAACUCAGGGUAAGGUUAUGGCCUGUAAUCAGGGCUAGGGUCAAGGACACAUGGUCAGAACAAAAUAAUGGCCUUAUUUUAUUAUAUUUAUGAUCUGUAGUGAUACAUUUAAUACAUUUUAGAGAAAUGUAAGUACAAACCGGGCACUUGUUGAUUGAGGGGAUUCCCCACUAACUAGUACUAAUUAUUACAAUAACUUGUUAAGGAAGAGCAAUGUAAAAUCUAAUUGAGGAGUUAGCCUGUAGGCCUGACUGUUGCUCUUGCUUUUUGGCAAGACGACGACAAGUUGAAAUAUCUUUGUCAAGAAAUAUUGAGACGUGACCUUGAUGAUAUCAUUUCUGAUGAAGAUAUGAAUCAAAAUGGGUGUGUCAAAAUGCAUCUUAAAUCCCUACUGAAACCAACAAACCCAACAAACCACCCCUCCUCCUAAAAAAAGAAAGAAAGAAAGAAAAAAUAAACAACUACAGCAGCCCUAUCAGUCCAAGGUGACAAAUCUUGCUUUGUGGUCUCCGUGGCAACAGUGGUGUUGUUCUCAUUACAGUAUAUAACCAGGAGCUGUUCAAGGGAGCACCAUUGUCCACAUAACAAAUCACAGCGCCCAGCCCCUGCACAGAUAACUGAUAGCAGAUCAUAAUCUAAUGAGAAAACACAUUUGUCAUACAGGUACACGUGAGGUACAGGAAUACGCACACACACACACACACACACACACACACACACACACACACACACACAGUAGUCAUUGUAGGUAUUGGCAUGCACUAAGGUAUUGACCAGAAAAAAUGAGUAGAUUUGAAGACGGUGGGUUUCUGAAUCUUUUUUUGUGAGAAUCUGUGGUUGUGUAAGAUCUUAAAUGUGAUUAUUAUCAGAGCAAUUAAUACAUUCAUUCCAAAGGUGCAAAGGUUUUUGGGAGACAGAGAUAUGGGAGAAAUUAUAUAAGUUGUGAUGUGAGAUGCUAGAUAAAGAGUUGUUCUAGAUGACUUGUACUGAUAAGUCCAACCCGUUUCUGACCUUAAGGUUAAACUAAUAUUGUCGACAAAACGCAAUGCCAAACUCCUGAGUGGCCCAGUGGUCUAAGGCACUGCAUCGCAGUGCUUACUGUGCCACUAGAGAUCCUGGUUCGAAUCCAGGCUCUGUCGCAGCCGGCCGCGACCGGGAGACUCAUGGGCGGUGCACAAUUGGCCCAGCGUCGUCCAGGGUAGGGGAGGGAAAUGGCCGGCAGGGAUGUAGCUCAGUUGAUAGAGCAUGGCGUUUGCAACGCCAGGGUUGUGGGUUCGAUUCCCAUAGGGGGCCAGUAUAAAAAAAAAACAUUAAAAUAAAAAAUAUAUUCACUAACUGUAAGUCGCUCUGGAUAAGAGUGUCUGCUAAAUGACUAAAAUGUAAAUGUAAAUAAAUCUUCUGGAGUGUUAAGGCUUAGUAUCUUUUAAGUACUAUAAUUCAGUGGCCUUCUCUAAAUUCUCUGUAGUCGACUUUACAUUUAUAUGACAAUAUAACGAUCCUGAAGAGAUAGUCCCCCUCUAAGACGGCUGUAAAAUUGGCAUUUUAAGGCGGUAAAUCAGAUUCUCAAAUUUUUCAUAACUCUCUGGCUUUUCAUUACAUAAAAAAAAUCAACGACUGUCUCCAUGGUGAUAUCAACUACUCUUGAGUACAGAAUAGGACAGAUUAAAGUGUAUUGUUUUAUUUUACUUAUUCUUAGCAAUCUUACGAGUGGAACUACUUAAGCAAAUGGAUGAAACAUAUAUUGUGUUCUCCACGGCAACAACUCAGUGGAAGUUAUACAGUUGAAGUCGGAAGUUUACAUACACUUAGGUUGGAGUCAUUAAUACUCGUUUUUCAACCACUCCACAAAUUUCUUGUUAACAAACUAUAGUUUUGGCAAGUCGGUUAGGACAUUUACUUUGUGCAUGACACAAGUAAUUUUUCCAACAAUUGUUUACAGACAGAUUAUUUCACUUAUAAUUCACUGUAUCACAAUUCCAGUGGGUCAGAAGUUUACAUACACUAAGUUGACUGUGCCUUUAAACAGCUUGGAAAAUUCCAGAAAAUGAUGUCAUGGCUUUAGAAGCUUCUGAGUCAAUUGGAGGUCUACCUGUGGAUGUAUUUCAAGGCCUUCCUUCAAACUCAGUGCCUCUUUGCUUGACAUCCUGGGAAAAUCUAAAGAAAUCAGCCAAGACCUCAGAAAAAUUAUUGUAGACCUCCACAAGUCUGGUUCACCCUUGGGAGCAAUUUCCAAACGCCUGAAGGUACCACGUUCAUCUGUACAAACAAUAGUACACAAGAAUAAACACCAUGGGACCACGCAGCCGUCAUACCGCUCAGGAAGGAGACACGUUCUGUCUCCUAGAGAUGAACGUACUUUGGUGCGAAAAGUGCAAAUCAAUCCCAGAACAACAGCAAAGGACCUUGUGAAGAUGCUGGAGGAAACAGGUACAAAAGUAUCUAUAUCCACAGUAAAACGAGUCCUAUAUCAACAUAACCUGAAAGGCACUCAGCAGGCAAGAAGCAACUGCACCAAAACCACCAUAAAAAAGCCAGACUAUGGUUUGCAACUGCACAUGGGGACAAAGAUCGUACUUUUUGGAGAAAUGUCCUCUGGUCUAAUGAAACAAAAAUAGAACUGUUUGGCCAUAAUGACCAUUGUUAUGUUUGGAGGAAAAAUGGGGUAGCUUGCAAGCCGAAGAACACCAUCCCAACCGUGAAGCACGGGGGUGGCAGCAUCAUGCUGUGGGGGUGCUUUGCUGCAGGAGGUGCACUUCACAAAAUAGAUGGCAUCAUGAGGAAGGAAAAUUAUGUGGAUAUAUUGAAGCAACAUCUCAAGACAUCAGUCAGGUGAUGCAAGCAAUGACCCCAAGCAUACUUCCAAAGUUGUGGCAAAAUGGCUUAAGGACAACAAAGUCAGGGUAUUGGAGUGGCCAUCACAAAGCCCUGACCUCAAUCCUAUAGAAAAUUUGUGGGCAGAACUGAAAAAGCGUGUGCGAGAGGGAGGCCUACAAACCUGACUCAGUUACACCAGCUCUGUCAGGAGGAAUGGGCCAAAUUUCACCCAACUUAUUGUGGGAAGCUUGUGGAAGGCUCCCCGAAACGUUUGACCCAAGUUAAACAAUUUUAAAGGCAGUGCUCCAAAUACUAAUUGAGUGUACAGUCGUGGUCAAAAGUUUUGAGAAUGACACAAAUAAUAAUUUUCACAAAGUCUGCUGCCUCAGUUUUGAUGAUGGCAAUUUGCAUAUACUACAGAAUGUCAUGAAGUGUGAUCAGAGGAAUUGCAAUUAAUUGCAAAGUCCCUCUUUGCCAUGAAAAUGAACUUAAUCCCAAAAAAACAUUUCCACUGCCACAAAAGGACCAGCUGCCAUCAUGUCAGUGAUUCUCUCGUUAACACAGGUGAGAGUGUUGAUGAGGACAAGGCUGGAGAUCACUCUGUCAUGUUGAUUGAGUUAGAAUAACAGACUGGAAGCUUUAAAAGGAGGGUGGUGCUUAAAAUCAUUGUUCUUCCUCUGUUAACCAUGGUUACCUGCAAGGAAACAUGUGCCGUCAUCAUUGCUUUGCACAAAAAGGGCUUCACAGGCAAGGAUAUUGCUGCUAGUAAGAUUGUACCUAAAUCAACCAUUUAUCGGAUCAUCAAGAACUUCAAGGAGAGAGGUUAAAUUGUUGUGAAGAAGGCGUCAGGGUGCCCAAGAAAGUCCAGCAAGUCCCAGGACCGUCUCCUAAAGUUGAUUCAGCUGCGGGAUCGGGGCACCACCAGUACAGAGCUUGCUCAGGAAUGGCAGCAGGCAGGUGUGAGUGCAUCUGCACGCACAGUAAGGCGAAGACUUUUGGAGGAUGGCCUGGUGUCAUGAAGGGCAGCAAAGAAGCCACUUCUCUCCAGGAAAAACAUCAGGGACAGACUGAUAUUCUGCAAAAGGUACAGGGAUUGGACUGCUGAGGACUGGGGUAAAGUCAUUUUCUCUGAUGAAUCCCCUUUCCGAUUGUUUGGGGCAUCCGGAAAACACCUUGUCCAGAGAAGACAAGGUGAGCGCUACCAUCAGUCCUGUGUCAUGCCAACAGUAAAGCAUCCUGAGACCAUUCAUGUGUGGGGUUGCUUCUCGGCCAAGGGAGUGGGCUCACUCACAAUUUUGCCUAAGAACACAGCCAUGAAUAAAGAACGGUACCAACACAUCCUCCGAUAGCAACUUCUCCCAACCAUCCAAGAACAGUUUGGUGAUGACCAAUGCCUUUUCCAUCAUGAUGGAGCACCUUGCCAUAAGGCAAAAGUGAUAACUAAGUGGCUCGGGGAACAAAACAUCAACAUUUUGGGUCCAUGGCCAAGAAACUCCCCAGAACUUAAUCCCAUUGAGAACUUGUGAUCGAUCCUCAAGAGGCGGGUGGACAAACAAAAACCAACACAUUCUGACAAACUCCAAGCAUUGAUUAUGCAAGAAUGGGCUGCCGUCAGUCAGGAUGUGGCCCAGAAGUUAAUUGACAGCAUGCCAGGGUGGAUUGCAGAGGUCUUGAAAAAGAAGGGUCAACACUGCAAAUAUUGACUCUUUGCAUAAACUUAAUGUAAUUGUCAAAAAAAGCCUUUGACCCUUAUGGAAUGCUUGUAAUUAUACUUCAGUAUACCAUAGUAACAUCUGACAAAAAUAUCUCAUAACACUGAAGUAGCGAACUUUGUGAAGACUAAUAUUUGUGUCGUUCUCAAAACUUUUGACCACGACUGUAUGUAAACUUCUGACCCACUGGGAAUGUGACGAACUAAAUAAAAGCUGAAAUAAAUCAUUCUCUCUACUAUUAUUCUGACAUUUCACAUUCUUAAAAUAAAGUGGUGAUCCUAACUGACAUAAGACAGGGAAUUUUUACUAGGAUUUAAUGUCAGGAAUUGUGAAAAACUGAGUUGAAAUGUAUUUGGCUAAGGUGUAUGUAAACUUCCGACUUCAACUCUAGGUGUGAAAAUUACUAACACCACUGUUUUCAAUAUCUUUCAAUACCUCAUCUUGCGAGGUUAACAGCACUGAGCCUUUUUCUAAAAUGUGACCGACCGCCUUGAUUCGGUUUUAUGUAGCAACAUUUGAAAUUGUGUUUUUUACAAUGGAUAAAAGCAGAGACACAGUGCUACAACAUGGUAUAUCAUACUCUAAAUUUAAGGGAACAAUGGGAAAGUAAUUCUGCUUUGAAAGUUGAUAAACAUGUAAUCUCACUUUUGAGAAAAUGGCCUUUGAAUGUUUUGGUACCUACUGAAGAGCUCUUCUUUGUCUACACCCAUUUCAGCAUCAUUCACACCCUCUUAAGCUUUAGCCCCACCCAUGUUGUUUCGCUCUCGGAGCGUUCAGAGCGCACACUUGACACUCUGGCCGAUGAGUAGGGUUGAUCCGAGUGUUCUGACCUCACAACAGCAGUCAAGCACCCAAGCUAACUGGCUAACAUUGGCUUGCUUGCUAGCUACUUCCAGACACAAAAUGUGGAUUAUGGUUCAUUGUUUACCUCUGGAUAACAUGAAAACAGCCUAACCAGCUCUGCUAGGGCGAGUAAAAUGGUCAGUGGGGUGUUCUUUCAUUAAAUGGUCAGUGGGGUGUUCUCUCAUUAAAUGAGAAAACACCCCACUCCACUGACCAUUUUACUCACCCUAGCAGAGCUGGUUAGGCUGUUUUCAUGUUAUCCAGAGCGUUGGUGACUGUAACUGUGCUGCUGGCAACAAUUUAAUUAUGCUUUUUUGCCAACGUUUACUGACACCGGUCAUAUUCAACAGGUGUUGUGCGUUCGUAAAUUCAUCAGUUAUUCUGCGCUCUGGCAUACUCAGACUGAAUUUACAAAAGCACCUGCAAUGGUUACUUGCAUAGUGGAGUCUUUUGUUAAGACAUGUAGCUAGCUAGCUAGCUAGGUAAACAAUGAUCCAUAAUCCCAACUCAUGACGUUACUACCCUGUAUGAAUCUGCAGGUAGCUAACCAACCAGGUUCAAUGUUAGCUAGCUAACAUUAGGCUCUAACUAGCCAAGCAAAUGGCUCUGAGAUAUGAAUAACAAGAUCAUACACGUAAUGUUAGCUAGCGUGCCAGCCAGCUAACACUAGCUAGCUAGUUAAACAAUGUACCAUAAUCCCAACUCAUGACUUUACUACCCUGCAUGGAUCUGCAGGUAGCUAACCAAGCAGGUUCAAUGUUAGCAAGCAAAUGGCACUGAGAUAUGAAUAAUAAGAUCAUAUACAGUGAGGGAAAAAAGUAUUUGAUCACCUGCUGAUUUUGUACGUUUGCCCACUGACAAAGACAUGAUCAGUCUAUAAUUUUAAUGGUAGGUUUAUUUGAACAGUGAGAGACAGAAUAACAACAACAAAAUCCAGAAAAAUGCAUGUAAAAAAUGUUAUAAAUUGAUUUGCAUUUUAAUGAGGGAAAUAAGUAUUUGACCCCUCUGCAAAACAUGAUUUAGUACUUGGUGGCAAAACCCUUGUUGGCAAUCACAGAGGUCAGACGUUUCUUGUAGUUGGCCACCAGGUUUGCACACAUCUCAGGAGGGAUUUUGUCCCACUCCUCUUUGCAGAUCUUCUCCAAGUCAUUAAGGUUUCGAGCCUGACAUUUGGCAACUCGAACCUUCAGCUCCCUCCACAGAUUUUCUAUGGGAUUAAGGUCUGGAGACUGGCUAGGCCACUCCAGGACCUUAAUGUGCUUCUUCUUGAGCCACUCCUUUGUUGCCUUGGCCGUAUGUUUUGGGUCAUUGUCAUGCUGGAAUACCCAUCCACGACCCAUUUUCAAUGCCCUGGCUGAGGGAAGGAGGUUCUCACCCAAGAUUUGACGGUACAUGGCCCCGUCCAUCGUCCCUUUGAUGCAGUGAAGUUGUCCUGUCCCCUUAGCAGAAAAACACCCCCAAAGCACAAUGUUUCCACUUCCAUGUUUGACGGUGGGGAUGGUGUUCUUGGGGUCAUAGGCAGCAUUCCUUCUCCUCCAAACACGGCGAGUUGAGUUGAUGCCAAAGAGCUUGAUUUUGGUCUCAUCUGACCACAACACUUUCACCCAGUUCUCCUCUGAAUCAUUCAGAUGUUCAUUGGCAAACUUCAGACGGGCCUGUAUAUGUGCUUUCUUGAGCAGGGGGACCUUGCGGGCACUGCAGGAUUUCAGUCCUUCACAGCGUAGUGUGUUACCAAUUGUUUUCUUGGUGACUAUGGUCCCAGCUGCCUUGAGAUCAUUGACAAGCUCCUCCCGUGUAGUUCUGGGCUGAUUCCUCACCGUUCUCAUGAUCAUUGCAACUCCACGAGGUGAGAUCUUGCAUGGAGCCUCAGGCUGAGGGAGAUUGACAGUUCUUUUGUGUUUCUUCCAUUUGCGAAUAAUCGCACCAACUGUUGUCACCUUCUCACCAAGGUGCUUGGCGAUGGUCUUGUAGCCCAUUCCAGCCUUGUGUAGGUCUACAAUCUUGUCCCUGACAUCCUUGGAGAGCUCUUUGGUUUUGGCCAUGGUGUAGAGUUUGGAAUCUGAUUGAUUGAUUGCUUCUGUGGACAGGUGUCUUUUAUAAAAGUAACAAACUGAGAUUAGGAGCACUCCCUUUAAGAGUGUGCUCCUAAUCUCAGCUCGUUACCUGUAUAACAGACACCUGGGAGCCAGAAAUCUUUCUGAUUGAGAGGGGGUCAAAUACUUAUUUCCCUCAUUAAAAUGCAAAUCAAUUUAUAACAUUUUUUACAUGUGUUUCUCUGGAUUUUGUUGUUGUUAUUCUGUCUCUCACUGUUCAAAUAAACCUACCAUUAAAAUUAUAGACUGAUCAUUUCUUUGUCAGUGGGCAAACGUACAAAAUCAGCAGGGGAUCAAAUACUUUUUUCCCUCACUGUACGUAACUUGAAAUGAAACCACUUUCUGUCAAAAUUAGAAACAUGUAAUAUCUGAAAAUGUAGCUAGCUAGACUAUCUUACCCGUAUACAUCAUGCAUGAUGGAUGUGUCUCCCUGUCACGGAUGCCAUUAGUUUGAAGAUGUAAUCCGGAGACAGGUGUUUUCUCCAUCUCUUUAGCUAUCAUACUCUAAUUCCACUGAUUUCAAAACUCGAUCCUUCAGAAGGUGGAGAGCAACACUUAUGCAGCUCCACUACACGAUGUUGGACAAGAUUACCUAUACAUACUGACCACCUCAAAUAGACAGAAGCGUGCUAUAUGGCGUACCAAUCCAAACUCCUCUCUCGGCAUGUCCAGCCCACUCAUUAUCUCAGCCAAUCAUGGCUAGUGGGAAGGUUGCUGUCUUUUUCUGUGUCUUAACCGACUAGGCUUGUAAUUUAACAAUUUUAUUCAUAUUUACAGAUGGCAUACAAGUUUGUUAUUAAGGCAUAUGAAAGUUCACAUGUUCCAGAAGGCAUUUCUGCCAAAAAAAACGCAUUUAGAUAAAAAAAAACAAAAAAAGGUUUACGUUCAAAUGGCUCUCCCGUAAAGUAGAAAUGAGUCACACAUGUUUUAUGAGUUGGAGAACACAUUGGGAGGGAUCCAUACAGAAUCCUUCCAGAUCCUUGAUAUCCUGCUUCUGCGCUUAUGGACUACCCUCUUCAAUUCAAACCACAGGUUUUCAAUUGGUUUCAAGUUCGGAGACUGAGCUCUUUGGCCACUCUCUUUUGCCACGCACACCAGUGGUGAGAAUGCAUGAGCAGAAAAUAACCCCAUACCUACUGUAAAAUAUGGAGGUGGAUCUUUGAUGUUAUGGGAGUUUUUUGCCAACAACCUGGUUGCCUCUGCCAGGAGGCUGAAACUUGGCAAUGAGUGAAUCUUCCAGCAAGACAAUAACCCCAAGCACACAUCAAAAUCCACAAAGAAAUUGUUAAUUGGCCACAAAAUCAACAUUUUGCAAUGGCCAUCUCAGUCUAUGGACUUGAAACCAAUUGAAAACAUGUGCAGAUGAAGGAUAUCAAGGAUCUGGAAGGAUCCUGGGUAACCCUUUUUUUGGAUAGUCCACCUGUAGAUGCUCUAAAAAACGAUCAGUAACAUUUCAACUAACUAUCUACUAACCCUAUCCCUAACCCUAACCUUAACCCUUAUCCUAACCCUUAUUCUAAACCUAACCCUAACCGUAACCUUAGCAAGCAGUUGCUUAUCAAAAGAUAGUUUGUUGAUAGCAUGACCAUCACUACAGAUGGACUAUCCGGACUAUCCAAAUAAAGUGUGACCGGAUUCUGCAUGGAGGAAUAGUCUAAUGUGUUCUCCAACUCAUAAAACAUUUUACAAAAAGGCUCAGUGCCAUAAUCCUCGCAAGGUGAGGCACUGAAAGGUAUUGAAAACAGAGGUGUCAAUCAUUUGUGAGAAAUAUUUGUAUUACUUGUUAAACAAAAUCUCUUUCUCUGAGCAAUUGCAUUAGUAUAAAAUAAUCAAAUGUCCCCAUUUAUUUGAGUAUACAAUGUAGCUCAGUAUUUGAAUGAUUUAUUUUAUCAAGGGUGUCAAUAAUUUCGGACCCCACCGUAUCUCAUCCUGUAUGCACACGCCCAGUCCAGGCCCAUUUGCCUGUCAGGUAGAUGCAAAAGACUUCAUCACUAUCGACUAACCCUCGUAUCUGAAGUGCUACCUUCACUGCUUGUCCAGAAGGCGAGGGGGGGAGGAAAGGGAGGGGAGAGAGUAGAGAGCGAGAGAGAGAGAGAGAGAGAGAGAGAGAGAGCGAGAGAGAGAGAGAGAGGAGAGCGCUAGAGAGCAGCGAGACGACAGAGCCAAUCUCGAGAGAGAGCGGGAUUUCUCUCUCGUCUCUAGCUCUAUCUAUCGCACUAGCGCUGCUAUCUCUUAUGUCUCUUCUCUCAUCUCUCUCUCUCUCUCCUCUCUCUCUCUCUUCUCUCUCUCUCUCUCUCUCUCUCUCAGCUGGAGGAGCUGCAGUGGCCAGAGGGGGAGCAGGAGGUCCCUAUCUCCGUGUGCAGUCUGCCCUGUAAGACAGGUGAGAGGAAGAAGAGGGUGAAGGGCAUGCCAUGCUGCUGGCACUGUGAGCUGUGUGAUGGUUACCAGUACCAGUACGAUGAGACCUCAUGCCGCCUGUGCUCUUACGACAUGAGGCCCAACCCCAACCGGACGGAGUGCCAACCUAUCCCCAUCGUCAAGCUGGAGUGGCACUCCCCCUGGGCCGUCAUUCCCGUGUUCCUCGCCAUGCUAGGCAUCAUCGCCACCAUCUUUGUCAUGGCAACGUUCAUACGCUACAACGACACGCCCAUUGUGCGUGCGUCGGGCCGCGAGCUGAGUUACGUGCUGCUGACGGGCAUCUUCCUGUGUUACAUUAUCACCUUCCUGAUGAUUGCCAAGCCUGACGUGGGCGUGUGCUCCUUCCGGAGGAUCUUCCUGGGCCUGGGGAUGUGCAUCAGCUACGCCGCGCUGCUCACCAAGACCAACCGGAUCUACCGGAUCUUUGAACAGGGGAAGCAGACAGUGACCGCCCCGCGCUUCAUCAGCCCCACCUCCCAGAUCGCCAUCACCUCCUCCCUCAUCUGUCUGCAGCUGCUGGGCGUGCUCGUCUGGUUCGCCGUUGACCCGCCCAACACCAUCAUCGACUACGACGAGCAGAAGACCAUGAACCCCAACCUGGCGCGUGGCGUGCUGAAGUGUGACAUCACAGACCUGCAGAUGAUCUGUUCGCUGGGCUACAGCAUCCUGCUGAUGGUCACAUGUACCAUCUACGCCAUCAAGACCCGCGACGUGCCAGAGGACUUCAAUGAGGCCAAGCCCAUCGGCUUCACCAUGUACACCACCUGUAUCGUCUGGCUGGCCUUCAUCCCCAUCUUCUUUGGCACAGCCCAGUCUGCAGAGAAGGUGAGUCAUCCCUCUCCCACACUCACUCACUCACUCACUCCCUCUCUCCCCCUCUCCCUCCCCCUCCCUCUCUCCCUCCCCCUCUCUCUCUCUCUCUCUCUCCCACCCCCUGCGCUGCUUCUACUCCUUCCAGCUUGUGUUUUAUCUCAUGCAAACACACACACUGAUAUAGACACACACUGACAUAGACACACACUGACAUAGACACACACUGACAUAGACACACACUGACAUAGACACGCACUGACAUAGACACGCACUGACAUAGACACGCACUGACAUAGACACGCACUGACAUAGACACGCACUGACAUAGACACACACUGACAUAGACACACACUGACAUAGACACACACUGACAUAGACACGCACUGACAUAGACACGCACUGACAUAGACACGCACUGACAUAGACACACACUGACAUAGACACACACUGACAUAGACACACACUGACAUAGACACACACUGACAUAGACACGCACUGACAUAGACACACACUUAGAGACGCAAAAACAGAUACACACAUAAGGAAACACAUACACACAGAGGCUUACACACACCCAAACACACAGGGUCUGUAUGCUAAAGACUCAUUUUCUUUUGAUUUCAAAUUCAUAUGGCUCAGAUGUGCAUAGAAAAACACACAAGGACUGCAGGAGACAUACAUAGGCCUUAGAAAGGGGGGGAAAGGAGGGGAUGCUGUGAGAUGUAGCAGCUCCUUAUGUCAUUAUCUUAGCUUUCAUGCCUGGAGCUCAACACUAGCUAUUAUACCUCAUCCUGUGGAGGAGGAAAGGGAGAAGGAGAAGGAUGAGGUGGAGGAGGUGGAGGAGGAUGAGAGGGAGGAGGUGGAGGAGGAUAAGAGGGAGGAGGUGGAGGAGGAAGACUAGGAGGAGGUGGAGGAGGAGGUGGAGGAGGAUGAGAGGGAGGAGGUGGAGGAGGAGGAAGACUAGGAGGAGGUGGAGGAGGAGGUGGAGGAGGAAGACUAGGAGGAGGUGGAGGAGGAGGUGGAGGAGGAUGUAUAUCACGCCACUGUGAUAUACAAAAAGGCCGUGACAAUAAAAAGACAACAGUCACACAGUGGCGGAAUAUAUUUAGCUACACAUACGUUUGUUUCAUCACAAAACUGGAGAGCAACAUCUGUCCAGUGAAGUCCACAAAGCAAAUAUGUGACUGACCUCCUCGAUUCGGUCUUAUGUAGCAAAAUUUGAAAUUGUGUUUUUUACAUUGGAUAAAAGUAGAGACUCAGCACUAGAAAAUGGUAUAUCAUACACCGCAGUUGAGGAACAAUGGGAAAGUAAUUCUGCUUUGAAAGUUGAUAAACUUUUGAGAAAAUGUCCCUUGAAUGUUUUGGUACUCCUACUGAAGCGCUCUCCUUUGUCUACACCCAUUCAGCAUCGUUCACACUCUCUUAAGCCUUAGUCCCACCCAUCUCUUUAAGGAUUCACAUGUGAGGCCAUGUGGUAAACACACGCGAUAUCGAAUAAAACGUUUAUUUGUAUGUACAGGAUACAGAAGGGGUAAACGGUAUAGUGAUAGUACUUGCAUACUUGCAUAGUAGCAAUAUCAAAAACAGAAAGUGUCCAGAUAAAAAUAUUUUAUAAAUAUUUUAUCAUUUUUAGAUGACGCUUACCCGACACACUUGUCUAAAUUGAUGGGUCAUGUGAAGGAAAUGCUAUAACCACCCCUCACCCACAUCUAGUUAAGUGGAUGGGUCACUAUUAGACAUGUGCACAUGUUCAUGAAAUACAAUCGAUGGCUGUAUUCACCCCCAGACACAACUGCUAAUUUGUAAUAAUCCGGCCGAAGUGGAGUCCUUUGUUUAGACAUGUAGCUAGCUAGGAAGCUAGCUAGCUAAACAAUGAACGGCAUAACCACAACUCAUACUACUACCAAUACAAACAUUGCCAUAGCUGUAGUAUGAAUCUGCAGGUAGCUAAAGCUAACAAACUAGGUUCAAUGCUAACUAGCUACUAUUAGGCUAUAACCAGCAAUGCAAAUGGAUUUCUGACUCAAAUAAUAUUACUACACAGAUCGUACACGUAUCGUUAGCUAUCGAGCCAGCAAGCUAACGCUUGCUAGCUAACUAACAGUAUGCUUUAACUUGAAAUAAAAAUGCAUUUCUGACAAAAUUAUAAUCGUAUAUCUGUAAAAUGUAGCUAGACUCUUACCCAUAUACACUACCGUUCAAAAGUUAGGGGUCACUUAGAAAUGUCCUUGUUUUCGAAAGAAAACAUUUUUUUGUCCAUUAAAAUAACAUCAAAUUGAUCAGAAAUACAGUGUAGACAUUGUUAAUGUUGUAAAUGGCUAUUGUAGCUGGAAACGGCUGAUUUUUUUAUGAAAUAUCUACAUAGGCAUAAAGAGGCCCAUUAUCAGCAACCAUCAGUCCUGUGUUCCAAUGGCACGUUGUGUUUGCUAAUCCAAGUUGAUCAUUUUAAAAGGCUACUUGAUCAUUAGAAAACCCAUUUGCAAUUAUGUUAGCACAGCUGAAAACUGUUGUGCUGAUUAAAGAAGCAAUAAAACUGGCCUUCUUGAGACUAGUUGAGUAUCUGGAGCAUUAGCAAUUGUGGGUUUGAUUACAGCUCCAAAAUGGCCAGAAACAAAUAACUAUAUUCUGAAACUCGUCAGUCUAUUCUUGUUCUGAGAAAUUAAGGCUAUUCCAUGCGAGAAAUUGCCAAGAAACUGAAGAUCUCGUACAGCGCUGUGUACUACUCCCUUCACAGAACAGCGCAAACUGGCUCUAACCAGAAUAGAAAGAGGAGUGGGUGGCCCCGGUGCACAACUGAGCAAGAGGACAAAUACAUUAGAGUGUCUAGUUUGAGAAACAGGCGCCUCACAGGUCCUCAACUGGCAGCUUCAUUAAAUAGUACCCGCAAAACACCAGUCUCAACGUCAACAGUGAAGAGGCGACUCUGGGAUGCUGACCUUCUAGGCAGAGUUGCAAAGAAAAAGCCAUAUCUCAGACUGCCCAUCUGAAUCUUUUAUUUUUAUUGGCCAGUCUGAGAUAUGGCUUUUUCUUUGGUGUUUUGCGGGUACUAUUUAAUGAAGCUGCCAGUUGAGGACCUGUGAGGCGCCUGUUUCUCAAACUAGACACUCUAAUUUAUUUGUCCUCUUGCUAGCUAGCUAGUUAACUUGAGCCUACUAGGCUACAUCUAGGCUACUAUUAAUCGUCUCAGGCCAGUGGCACAACAUAUGAAUUUAUGGUUAGAUCAGAAUCACAGUCAUAAUCAUUGGCCUGUACAGAGAAUUAAGUCCAAAGCCCCAUCUCCAUCCAUGGCUUAGGAAAGGGACGGUUUAGCAAGCUAGCUACUGCUGGACAUUAACACAAGCGGACCAGAAACAGACAAGUUUUUCAGAAAAUUAAGUUUUGCUUAGGAUGUGAUUUGAUUGGUGUGAAACCAAAUCCAAACUGGCCUCCCUUAGGGUGUGUUUUGCUGCACCAGGACAACCCACUGCUGAGAUCAGCUCAAUGCUGAUUGGCUAAUUAUUUUAUACAUUUUUUAUCAAGUGAGGCCAAAUGCUUGCUGGCAUCAAUCAAAUGCUACGGUGGCUUACAUGUUAUACUCUUUUGGUCCAGACAGCAUCAGAUACAUGGGCUACAUAUAAUGAGACAAAUUAUGAAAACAAAGAGAGAGACGAAAGAGAAAUUAUUAUUAUUAUUUAAAAAUAUAUAUAUUGGUCAAAUAUUUGGGGAAGCCUGGCUUCCCUUGGCAUCCAUGAAUACACAACACUGCUAGGAGGAGGUGGAGGAGAAGAAGGAAGACUAGGAGGAGGUGGAGGAGGUGGAAGACUAGGUGGAGGUGGAGGACUAGGAGGAGAUGGAGGAGGUGGAGGAGGUGGAGGAGGAGGUGGAGGAGGAGGUGGUGGAGGAGGAGGUGGAAGAGGAAGAGAAGGAGGAGGAAGACUAGGAGGAGGAGGAGGAGGAAGACUAGGAGGAGGUGGAAGACUAGGAGGAGGUGGAGGAAGACUAGGAGGAGGAGGAGGAGGACUAGGUGGAGGAGGAGGAGGAGGAAGACUAGCAAGAGGAGGACUAGCAGGAGGAGGACUAGGAGGAGGUGGAGGAGGAGGAAGACAAGGAGGAGGUGUAGGAGGAGGAGGAGGAGGAGGAGGAGAAAAGGGGGUAUAGAUAGUCUGACUCAAGACAUUCCAUUCCUUGACAAGGUGAACUCUAGAAAUGCACUUGACAUCAGUAGCUACUGGAGUUGAUUGACAAUGUGACAGAGGAAGAGAAGGAGGAGGAAGACUAGGAGGAGGAGGAGGAGGAAGACUAGGAGGAGGUGGAAGACGAGGAGGUGGAGGAGGAGGUGGAAGACUAGGAGGAGGUGGAGGAAGACUAGGAGGAGGAGGAGGAGGACUAGGUGGAGGAGGAGGAGGAAGACUAGCAGGAGGAGGACUAGGAGGAGGUGGAGGAGGAGGAAGACGAGGAGGAGGAGGAGGAGGAGGAGGAGGAGGACGUGGAGGUGGAGGAGGAGGAGGAGGAGGAGGAGGAGGAGGAGGAGGAGGAGGAGGAGGAGGAGAAAAAGGGGUAUAGAUAGUCUGACACAAGACAUUCCAUUCCUUGACAAGGUGAACUCUAGAAAUGCACUUGACAUCAGUAGCUACUGGAGUUGAUUGACAAUGUGACAUCCUGACCCCCUGUGCUAGUCAUUGCUUAUCUGAACAGUAUUGCACAGAAUACAGAUGCAUGUAUCUGCUCUAUUCUUGAGGUGUGUGGUGCUUGGCAGGCCUUGUGUACAUAUAGCUGAGUGGAAGUUUUCCACUGCAGACUAUCAAGGUCGACAGGAAAGUUUUACUCCUAACCUUUUGGGAGCCGCACCGUUCAAUAUCCUUCCUGCUAGGCUACAGAAAGGGAUAGAUCACAAACUGAUUUUCCUCCUCUCAAUUUGCAGCUGAUUUCAUAGAUGAAUUACACUCUCAGAAGCCAUUAGGAGUUCAUUGUGUAGAGCAAGCCCUUAAUGUGUCUAUCCUCCUUAUGCUGUUAACUCAUACUGAACACUGGCUCAUCUUACACACACGUAAGCCACAAAGAAACAUACGGCAGUAGCCUCUUGAUGCAAGGCUCUUUGUAGGCCCACUCCUGUGGCCUUCACCAGAUUAGGGGGAGUGGUGUUCACAGGGAGCUCUCCAUUAACUCCUAAGCUUUGCGCCCAGGGACUGAUUGCUGCAUUUGACCAGACUCCUUAUCGCCAAAAUACCUUGCACUUGUUGCUUGCGACUGAAAAGCCCCAGGCACGUUUGAUUUUGAUUUAUCUGGGCCAUUCAGGGACUCCCAUUAUC